UUCGCUGAAGCAUCUCGGUAUUUCGUAGUGAACUCGCCAUCAGGUCGGACCAUCCAUCCAGAAGAGUUACCGUCACGUAUCCUUGUGUUUCUUGUCGAUCUUACUCCGUGCCAAGGUACUCGCAAACUCACCCAAGUACACUCGUCGCUUAAUUCAUAAUCCAACAACAUGGCGCCGAAUUUGUUUGGUAGUUCAGCGACUUUAUUCCUCGAAGCUUCUCAGCAAGAUGUGUCGCAAAAGAAAUCAGCGACCGAGAAGACUGUGCAAAAAUUGCCAAUCCAAAAGGCACAAAGCUCGAAUCCCAAAUAUCAAUGGAAGAUCGUUUGGAGAAACAUGAUAGCGUUUGCCUAUCUACAUCUUGGAGCACUUUAUGGAUUGUACAUUUUACUAACGGUUGCCAAAUUAUCCACAUUUAUUUGGUGUGUGCUAGUCGCAGCUUUCGCUGCUGUCGGUGUUACAGGAGGUGCUCACAGACUGUGGGCUCAUCGGGCUUACAAAGCGAAAUGGCCGAUGAGAGUUAUUCUUAUGCUUUUACAGACCACGGCUUUCCAAAAUCACAUUUACGAAUGGGUGAGAGAUCACAGAGUUCAUCAUAAAUUCACGGACACAGAUGCGGAUCCGCACAAUGCGAAGAGAGGCUUCUUCUUCUCGCAUAUGGGCUGGCUCCUGGUACGUAAGCACCCAGACGUCAUCAACAAGGGAGCUACGGUCGAUAUGAGCGAUCUCGAAAAGGACCCCGUCGUUGUCUGGCAACGCAGGCUCUACAUCGUUCUGAUGCCGGUGUUCUGCUUCCUGCUCCCCACGUGGGUACCAUGCCACUUUUGGAACGAGAAACCUAUGUACGCGUGGUACGCCACCCUUUUCAGAUACACGCUGUCACUGAACCUGACUUGGCUGGUGAACUCCGCGGCCCACGUUUGGGGCAUGAAACCGUACGAUAGAGCCAUUAGUGCCACUGACAGCUACAGCGUUGGUAUCGGCGCUUUCGGCGAGGGCUGGCAUAACUAUCACCAUGUGUUCCCGUGGGACUACAAGGCCGCCGAGUUGGGCAACUAUCGCGUGAACUUCACUACCGCCUUCAUCGACUUCUUCGCUUGGAUCGGUUGGGCGUAUGAUCUGAAGACCGUGGAGCACAGUAUAAUAAAGAAACGCGCCGCCCGAACGGGCGACAACUCGAAAUACAAGCGAAUAGACGAUCAUCACGAUGAUCAUUCACACGAGGGGGCUAUAUGGGGGUGGGGCGAUGCCGAUAUGACACCUGAAGAUAUGCAGGAUGCCAAGAUCUUCAAUAAGGGCGACUAAGCUCCGAAAGAUUCAGUUAUCUAAAAUCUCUAUACGUGUGGCAUUACACCGGUCGGAAUUAUGCAGAACGAGGACGUCCAACAGAUGUUUAUGGUUUAUGAUGGUAUUACAAAUUUAUAAUGAAUUCAGUGAUUAUGUCUGAAGGUUUAGCACAUUAUCAUACAAUAUGCAAGACAUCAUAGUCUUCUUUUAUACACGUGUUGUAAUCAUUACAUUAAUCGAUGCAUUGGCAAUAAUGUCACGAUAAUGUCACGUUGUCAAAUUAAAAUUUUUUAACUUUUCUUCGACAGCUUUUGCGUAUGCUUCGAGUCUUAGUAACGUGUCUCAGAUGCGAUUAUGAUUACAAUGGUUUUUAUUUAUCUUUAGAGAUCUUUUUCAAAAUUAGUACUUACUCUCUUAAUUUAAAUCAGUGAAAACUCACUGAUUUGCAGUGCAUAUUCACUGUUUGCUGCAGUUAUAAGUAUACCACUGCGAAUCAGUGAAUAUUCACUGUUUGUACCAGUGACAUUGCCUCGUCACUGUCUAAAUCAGUGAGUUUCCAAUAACCUGUAUAAUUACUCACAGUAGUUACGUCUUCAGCAUUAAUCGACUAUUAUUAAUGUGCAUAUUAAUACUUACCUCGGGGCUAUGAGUUCAUGAUGUAAAACACAAAGUGGACAUACACCACUUGUCAAAUAGAGUACAAAAUCAAACUCGACCUUAUACCGCCGGACAAACGCAUUUAUAAUCGAAUAAACGCAUUUUGGCGGGAUUUCACUAUUUCAUCAGUGAAUUUGUCAUAGUUCACUGAUUGUUUAGUGAAAUAUUGAGUCUCUGAUGGAAUCAGUGAAAAUUUCACUGAUUUAAAUUAAGAGAGUAUAAUUGUUCAACCUAUUCGGUUGAACGGUUGAACGCAAUGAUUACGUUUCUCGUUUUGUAUAAACUAUUAUGAAUUAUUUACAUUUGUAUGCGAGAACUGAUUUUAAAAGAUUAUGUAAAUUUUAUGCAAAGAUACGUAAAAAUUGACAUGAAAGAAAGAUGUUACUAUAUAUCACGUAUAAACUAUCAAUAAGCUAUUACAUUUGUUGGACGUGAACGCUUUGCAUUACAAAGUCCCGUUGUGCAUAGUCGGGUAAGGAUAUAAUCGCCCAAAGAACAGUGAUCAAUCACAUUUAAUGGCGUCAAUUAAUAUUUAUUGUAUAAUGUUAUUCGUAUACUGUUAUAUCCUCUUUUCAAAUCGGCCAUCGAAAUACUUCAUAAGUUCGAUCGCCUUGCAACGAAGGAACGGAAAAUUUUAAGGCGCGUGCUACAUCGUCUCUGAUUCGAGAUAAGUCUGUAGGAAAAAAAAUUCGGCCUCAUUAAAGAAUAAAUUGAGAUCUCGCGAAUCUUAAAAUGACCAAGCGACGAUCGUGAUUGGAGUUGGCGUUUCGUACAAUCAAUUACGUACCUACGAAUCAAAUUCAUUCGUGGCCUUCUAAGUGACUGUUUACGUAUUUAGACUUACCGUACUUAUAUCGAAACUAUUUCGAGGUCAAUUCUGUAAUAAUUGCGACCCGACAGAGCGUGAAUUAUUAUCGAUUUCUAACGCCGUUGUUAUUAAUAUCAAGUAAACAUUUUAGUAAAUAUAGACAUUGUUAUAUGGAAAUCAAAUUUGUUGCGCUUUACAAAAAAAAAUGAAAAUUAUUAAGACAAUAGAAGACUCGUUUGUGAGAAGCGAUUUAGCACUAACUAUUGAUCACGUGGUUAUUGACCACGUAGAUGACUAUAACUCAUAUGUCAUCGUUGUACAAGUGGUAGUAAACAAUAUAUCUUUGUGUUUUAAUUGACUUUUCGACACGAUGACGAUGAAAACUUCAAAUGACACUUGACCUUGUCACUUUUACUAUCUAGUGUCACGGCAGUCACGUUUCCUGUUAUGAUUAGUUGCAAAUAUGUGAUGACACUGAACGAAGGCUAAUUCAACGCGAGAACAGAAAAUACAAAUUCAUCAAUUAAAAAAGUUUAUUUUAAAUAUGAGACAUCCGAAAUGAAUUUUAUAAAUUGAUGAGCUCACUUUAUUUCAAACAUAAGAUUAGCAGGCGUAUGUCAGUCACCGCGGUUCUUAUAGUGCUAAAUAAUAAUUUUUAAUGUCACCAGUUUAUUUAAACUGAAUAAGCGCCGCAUAUUCGUCGGACUUAAAACACAGUCCGGAAUACGUAAUAUUAAUACGUUAUAUCAAUGGAAGCAUUAAUAAAAUCCCUCUUCCCAGUUAUUUUCUUUUUUUAUUCAAUUCUUUACAAUUAUAGCAUAAAAUAAACAUUCGUAUAUUAUACAUUGUCACGUGAUUAUAAAUAUCGCGACAUUAAUAUUGCAAUUAUGAAAUUGCGGGCAAAAUUAUAUAAAAUCUGCACUAGAGAAGAGACACGCGGAUAGAGAUGCGAUUAGAAAUCAGAGAUUGGCGCUCGGCUCUGACAUAACUGCAUAGGUGCAAUGACGCGAUGGCAAUCGAGCCGCUACUAAUGUAAUUAACAAGCGAUUCGUUGUUGCGCCGUACGGACCCGAAUUCCGUCUGUCUUCCGUAAAUAAUCGCCAUGUAUUGGAUUCGAGUCCGAUUCGCGCAGCCUCGGACAGCGAUUUCGCAAAGCGAUUGUUGCGAAAGUGGCAUUGUUUGAACGCGUAAGACUAAUUGCGCGACGGUUAAUUAAAAUCUACGUCAUUUUAUUAUAGCGAUCCGUUGCAACGAACGUCGAACGAUCGAACGAUGUUUGUGUCGCGAGAAUCACUAUCGUACAAGUGAUUGCAAGCGAACGAAUUUUCUUAACAAUCGUGCAGCUACGCGAAUCUUUUCAAAUCUCUCCCUUUCUUUUAUUUCUCACACAUCGUAAAUUUUACAAUAAUGUAUGCAAGAUGUUCAGUAAUUAAUUUCGAUAAAUGAACUACAUUUUCUCUGUUACUUAACAUCCUGCAUACAAGUAAAUAAAUUAAUUAAUUUAAUUUAACAAAGAUGGGCAAAACUAAUGAAACAUACACGAAAAGAAUAAUUUUGCUGAAAUAUUACCUAAAAAUUUGGCUAACUCUAAAAAUAAUUUUGUUGGACGAUCAAAAUGAAUUUGAAGGACAGCCAAAAAUGUUUAAAAAAAUGUUAACAUUUUAGCAAUCAAUUUGAGUGUUUUAUACAAUUAUUUUAGUGUAACAAAAUUAUUAGGUGUAUAAAGAAAUUUAUUGUUUAUCAGUUUAAUUUAAAAUUCCAAUAAUGGACCACCUUGAGAAGUAAAAUUCAAUUAUCGUUUGACAUAAAAUAAAUUCGCUCUUUUCAAUUAUUUUAAAGGUGCUUUAUAUUCUGUUUAUUUUCGAUAUAUUAAAAAAAUAUUAAAGAAAUUGCAUUUUAUAACUCCAAUACAAAUUUGAAAUUUGGAUAUAAAUUUUUAAAAACUUGCUCUGUUGUACAUUAAUCUUCCUGCAUUAUUUUUGCUCUUUACUUUAUUAUAUUUUUAAUAAGACUUCAGAAUUUAUAAAUACUUUCCCGACUGUACUAAAUUGUGUACUGAUUCGUGUACUUUUCUAGUACUUAUUUAUGUAAAUCUAUUUAUAUCUACUGUGAUGAUUUAGAGUCCUUUGCUACAAUUGAAACGACCGUUCGACAAAUUCGUAGUUUAUAUUUGAUUGAAGCGCGAAAUCCCUGCGAGAGGCCACGAUUUUUCUAUUUUAAGUAUAAAUCUUAAAAUCGUAACACAACAGAUACUUUGCAGAUCGCUAUUCUUUUUUUUGGACACAGGGAGUAAUCGUAAGUUUUAAGAUAAUUAUAGUUUGUAGGGGAAAUAAUAUGGUUAAUAAUGAAACAACAGUUUGAAACGAAUGAUGUUUCAUCGUAGUUACGUAUACGCACGAACGUAGAUUUUGCUAAGACAAUAUAUCAAUAUAAACAAAUAUAUAUGUAUGUACAAAAAAUAUAUAUGUAUAUAUUUACACUGUAUUUAUAUAAAUAAAUUAUUGUUAUCGAUA